AUGAGCUCCUACGUAGCCAAUUCAUUCUAUAAGCAGAGCCCCAAUAUCCCUGACUAUAACAUGCAAACUUGUGGGAACUAUGGAUCGGCCUCAGAGGUGCAGGCGUCCAGGUACUGCUACGGCGGAUUGGACCUAAGCGUCACUUUCCCACCGCCGGCGCCUUCCAACUCUCUCCACGGGGUAGACAUGGCUGCCAACCCCCGGGCUCACCCCGACCGCCCCGCCUGCAGCGCCGCGGCCGCUCCGGGACACGCUCUGGGCAGAGAUGAAGCAGCUCCUCUGAACCCCGGGAUGUACAGCCAGAAGGCGGCUCGCCCGGCGCUGGAGGAGCGAGCUAAGAGCAGUGGGGAGAUCAAAGCGGAGGCGCAGACAGGGCAGCCCUCCGGACUCAGCCAGCCGCCGGCCCCGCCACAGAUUUACCCGUGGAUGACCAAACUACACAUGAGCCACGAAACGGAUGGCAAGCGGUCCCGAACCAGUUACACGCGCUACCAGACCCUGGAGCUGGAGAAAGAAUUCCACUUUAACCGCUACCUCACCCGCCGCAGGCGCAUAGAGAUUGCCAACAACUUGUGUCUCAACGAGAGACAGAUCAAGAUCUGGUUCCAGAACCGCAGGAUGAAGUGGAAGAAAGAUUCCAAAAUGAAGAGCAAAGAGGCUCUUUAG